CUUCCUGCCCUCUGGCGGGGUCAGGCGGCGGCAGCCCGUGCCGCCUGGUGGGUUUCCCGCAGGGGUCUUCGGCUUCGAGCACCCGCUGGAGCGGGGACCCUCAGAUAUGUUCCCGAAAGCUCCAAAGACAAAAUUAUUUCUGAUGAAGAUGUCUUUGAAACACUGCUGAAACUGUUUAAAGCUCUGUUCAUAAAUGACUUCAGUAGACAAGCACAUAUUUUUGCCUUACUUCCAGAAAUCAGAAGUAAAUAUCUGGAACUACAGACUGUUCAGCAGAAGCAGUCAAAAGUAAAUUCAUGUAACCAUCAGAGUCGACAAGUGUUUACUCCAGAAGAAGUUCUGUUUAAUACACUAGGGUUCACUAUUAGUCGCGACCAAAGUUCCCUGGUGUCUGCUGGAACUGGAGUCUUUGUUACCAAAGGUUUUGUACCAAAAGGGACAGUUGUAUCUAUGUAUCCUGGUACAGUAUACAGAAAGCAUGAGCCCAUCUUUUUCCAGUCCCUUGGCAAUCCCUUUAUUUUUAGGUGCAUAGAUGGCGUUCUUAUUGAUGGGAAUGAUAAAGGUCUAUCAAGAUCAGUGUACAGGUCUUGCAGCCGGAGAGACCAACUUGGCCCAUUUCAGAUGAGCGAUGAGAGCUGGCUCACAGCUACCCUGCAAAACCCACUGGCAGUGGGACAGUAUGUCAACAAUUGCUCACGUGAAAAAGCAGCCAACGUGUGUUAUCAGGAGUUUGAUGUGCCAGGAUAUUUUCCAGUAGAACUGAAACAGUAUCUUCCAAACAUCGUCUACAGCCAUGACGUAGAGAGCCACCCAAGGUGCAUAGUGCUUGUCACUCUCAGAGACAUCAAGCAAGGAGAAGAACUUUUUUCUAAUUACUACACUGUUGUCAGCUGAAUUAAUAGAUUCAAGACUGAAGAAAUCAGUGUCAUUAAAAUAUUUACUGUGUGUGUACUUAAAGGUUCAUAAGCAUUUUUGCAUAAUGGAGGGCUGUAGCUUUACCAUUUAGAAAGCAAGCUGCAGGCUUGUAUUUGCCUGAAAAUACACCUCUCCAGGUUUGUUGGAGAGGUGAAGGUUUAACCAUUUAGGUUCUUAGCUGUCUGCUGUUGAUAUUAUUGCUUACUGGUGUUCAGCUGUCCAUACAGAAGCUCAUAAAGUAAAAACCUAAGUUCUGGACAUGUCAUUUGAUUUAAUCUUGUAGUUUGCACAGUUGUCUGUAACCGACUGUGGCUCAGAUUUAGUAUUUUGCCAUUUCACUUCUCAUGCUUGUGACAACACAAUUUGUAUAAAUGACCUCCCUCUUGUGAACUAUUCCUAGGAUAAUCCUCAUAGUUCAUGGUAAUUAUUAGUUCUUGUUCUGUUUUUCUUGGAGUUGGUCUUCCUUUUAGAAAGUAUUUCAGUGUAGCCAGUUGUCCAGAUCUUU